AUGAAUAUAAAAGAACUAAAUCAGUUUAUGCUUGAUUACGAACUCAAACCUACCUAAAAACUAUUUAAAUACCUCGUAAUCAUUGGAAUUUAAGCUAUGAAAACAAAAACUUCAGACAUUUCCAUCGAAACUAUUAAACUUAUUGCAAGCUCUUGCAAAUAACAAAAACUAAGAGAUGGAAUGGCAGAACUCAAAGAAAAAGUCAUUAACAUAUAAUAAUCUUUGUCUCCAUAGAAAGGAAACUUCAAUUUUUAUCAACCUAAAUCUGUUUUGAAUUCUAAGGAUCAAUUAAUGAAUUCGCAAUUCUCACCAAUUCUUAAGAAAAAGGAUGAUUUAUAAAUUAAAUCUAAAAAAGCAUAAAUAUAGUAAGACAUUGAAUCCAAUCUGAAAUCGUUAAAUUUCAAUAAAAAAGAAAAUAAUCAACAAGCCAAUCAAUUUUAAUAGAAAAAUAAACCCUACCAAUUACCCUAAUAGUCAAACAAUUAUUUUACUCAGAAAAAAGUUAGUCUUGAUCAAAUUGCAAAUAAUUUUCUGAGUUCUCCUUUAGUAAAGAACCCUGUGUCAGCCAGAAAUAUUACUUAAAAAGAAAGCGAACUUAAACAUUUCUUUUAGAACUCAUGGAAACUAAUUUGA